AGAGUACGUACUGGUCUAAUAAACUAUUCAUCUCUAUAGAGGCCCCGUCAGUUUUGGAGGCCCGUCAGUUCUCAAGGUACUACUGUAUCUAAUCAGCAUUGGGACCACGGCGUCCGUGUGCGCUAGGCGAAAUCUGUAUCAAGCCCACCAUAAUACUAUUUGUGUAUCAUAUCCUCCGCCACCACCUGGACCCUAUAUUACACGUACUGUCUUCGCGACCGUCAACUUCCAACUCAUUCAUUAUUGCCAUUGCAAUACUUCGCACUCGAGCCGAGUCGCAUAAGGAACAACAAGCAACUAUCAACUUUCUGGUCUCUACUUUUGCCCGGUCUUUUUUUGACUGCUUCUUCUGGUGCCGUCCCCGAAUUUUGCCUCUUUGGCACAUCUUCUAGUCUCACGGGUAACAUACGAACAGGAUAUUUGUCUACCCUCGCUUCAUUGCCCUUUGAUCGUAGGAUGAGCUGUCCGUCACCUGGAUCCUCUCCAUCCACGUCGGCCACCGUCCCUCUUGCAGUUCAUCGUCAAAAUGACUAUCAAACUGCCUCACCAAUCUCUCUCCCACCUUCACUUUCGCCCUCAGCCUCGCCAGUGGCAAUCUUUAGAAGAGCGAUAGUUCUUCAUGAUCACAGUGAUGCGGAGAAGAACUUCCCCGGUGAAAGCAAUACUCAAGAGAAUGUCGGUCCAAUCAUGUCAUCCGUUCCAUUUGCCGCUUCACCGCUCAUUGCUGCCACAACUUUUUCACUGGCACCUAACUUAGAACAGCAACGCGGCAAGCGCAAGCGACGGAGAUCAGGUUCCGACAGCGAUUACAGCCCUCCAUAUUCUUUGCGGGGGGGUGGGCGACCGCAAAAAUCGAAGACGAGACGUAAUGCAAAUAACGGGUCCCACAGUGGCCAAUGCCAAAACGUUCGGAGCUCCAGAAGAACAACAAGAUCCAAAGCGCGUCGUGCAAAUUCCCCUUCAAGUCUGAUUAUUACAUCACUGGAAGAUAUCAAGUUAGAGGAUGCCGCCGUCAAGUCAGAGAUUUCCAGAUUAGGUUUGACGUUGCGAGACGUUCAAGGGGAUGGCAAUUGUCUAUUCAGAUGUUUAUCUGACCAGCUUUACGGUACUGAAAAACGACACGCAGAAAUCAGAAAGAUUGUAUGUGACUAUCUAGACUCCCACAAAGAGACUAUGGAAGGUUUCGUGGUGCCUUUCAUGAAAGAAGGUGAGAGAUACGAGGGCUAUGUGCAGCGAAUGAGACAAUCCAAACAAUUUGGCAGUCAUAUUGAAAUACAAGCAGCCGCCCGGAUCUUCCAGAGAGAUAUCAGAGUUGUAAUGUCAACCGCUUCAUUUACUAUUCCUUGGCGAGCCGAGUCGUCCUGUUUUUUCGGAGACAGGAAAUAUGACGCUAAGCUCGAUCUUCCUGAAGGCCUAGCGAUCACCCUUCGAGACGGUAUCCCACCCAUACAAGAAGGACGCACUAUGCUAUGGCUGGCUCUUUUCUCACAAGCCGAACACUUUCAAAGUAUCCGGCGUCAGGGCGACAAGGACAACGGCUCAGCAAAUAUCGAUGAUCAUCUUGCUGUCCCCCAUGCCAAGGAUACUUCUGAAGCUGCACGACGUGAGAGGGGAGAGAUUGUCGGUAACAAAGUUGAAAGCCGAUCACCCAUAUCGUCGCAUGUUGCGCAAUUACUUGCCUCGUUACCCCCCGGCCACGGUAUCUCGUCCACCUAUGCUGAAGGGGUGCUGUCGCGCGUGAAAGGUGAUUUGGGAGAAGCGAUUGAGAUUCUUCUUGAAGAUAUUCAGUCGGAAGCUGACAAGGAGAGCGAGUCGUCAAGCGACCAGCGGGUGGAGGAAUUACUUCAUGAGCUAGCGCCAUCAAACACUGCGUGCCCCAGUGAUUCAUCAGCGAUUGAACAUUGCUCACUUUCAUCAGAGGGAGUUAGUUAUCGGCCCAGAUCUCCGGCUUUGUCCAGCACAACCGGUACAAGGUCUCGUUCUGAAUCGGUUUCUGAGAGAUCAAGUAAUGGUUCUGUUACCUCAGAUCUAGCGCAAUCCCAGUCGAGUCGGUCAACAACGGUGUCUAGUGGUCAAGAUGCGCCACGCGUAACACCUGAGAUAAUUUCAGAUAGCAAGCUGAGGACAAAGUCGGACAAAUUGGGGAAGGAUCUACAAGGAAUGGUUCUAAGAUCACGGGAAAGCUCACGUGAGCCCAAAAGAUCACAUGACGAGCCGCAAAAGCGAAGAGCGAGUUUGAGAUUGAAGAAUAGACUAUGAAGCCACUAACCCCAUUCGCUGUCGACCAUUAAAAAUCGUUAUGGGCACAUGACAAUUCGCAAGUUGUUGUACCAUAUUCCCAUCAGCUUCAUACAUAGCUCGCGUCAUUUGUCGUCUUCUACUUCUGACUGCAUGGUGUGGUUUAUAAAAUAUCGGACAUAUCAGACUCGAGUCUCCUAUGCUAGCCCAGAUCAUACACUGCGAGAGUUCGAGUGCAAGAACGAAGCUUUGCGGUCAAGUAACGACGAGACGAUAGUGACGGAGGCGAGAAAGAGAUGGCACAAGACGGGAAUUAGCGGAUGGAUACAAGAUGUUUAGUAGAUCCUUCCGGGUAAGUGAGUAGGAAAAGGAUAGCGGUGAGGGAAAAUAUAAUCUGUGAUACUUUAUAAACAAGGGGAUGACUACCACAUCACGCAGCACCAUAAGGAAGCUAAGGAGACGUAAUGUACAUAGGAAGAAUUUGUGUGGCGACAAAUAUUAUGGGGAAAAUGCCUAUGUACACAAUGGUGGUUGCUUGAUCAGAUGCGUGGUUUAAAGCCAGAAAGCCGGCAAAAGGAACCUCAUCAACAGGAUGUCAGAAUGCGUACCCGGGCCCUAGGUUUAUUAUCCUCUAAGGGGCGCUGGCUAAUGAGCAACGCCAGCCCAAUGAACAAUGAUAUAGGGAAUCACAGAAGAUGGAAGUGUGUUGAUGGCA